AUGGCGAUGGGUGACGCGAAGCCGUCGGUGCUAAUCCCGAUGCCCAGCCGCGACCGCGACCGCGACCGCGACCGUGACCGGGACCGGGACCUGCUCGUGCCGACCGCCGCCGUCGCCACCCAUGCGUCCCCGUCCGCCCGCACCGUCACCGGCUCCGACGACGACGAGAGCAAGCCCUCCUCUGCCUCCGCCGCCGCCGCCGCCGCGCAGACCGGCCGCGAGGCAUUCCAUAAGGUUGUGCAUAGCUGGGCGUCAAAGAAGUUCAUGACCGGAUGUGUCAUCCUCUUCCCAAUUGCAGUUACAUUCUAUGUGACAUGGUGGUUCUUUCGCUUUGUGGAUGGUUUUUUCUCCCCAAUAUAUGCUCACUUGGGAAUCAAAAUAUUUGGACUUGGCUUUGUAACAUCGAUAUCUUUCAUUUUUGUGGUUGGUGUAUUCAUGUCAUCUUGGCUGGGGGCAUCUAUCCUUGGUCUCGGAGAGUGGUUCAUAAAACGAAUGCCAUUUGUUCGCCAUAUUUAUGAUGCAUCUAAGCAAAUCAGUGCUGCCAUUUCACCUGAUCAAAACAAGCAUGCAUUCAAGGAAGUGGUCAUCAUUAGGCACCCAAGAAUUGGCGAAUAUGCAUUUGGAUUUAUCACUUCAGAAGUUCUACUUCAGGGUUAUUCUAGUGAAGAACAGAUGUACUGUGUUUAUGUUCCGACCAACCAUCUCUAUAUUGGUGACAUAUUUCUGGUCAGCUCAAGUGACGUGAUUAGACCGAACAUGUCUGUUCGCGAAGGCAUUGAAAUUGUUGUCUCUGUGGGCACGACGAUGCCUCAAGUGCUAUCGAUUCUGGAAACUGAGCCAAACCACUUGAACAGGAUCAGAUCCACCCGAAGCUGA